AUGGUUGUCUACCUUUUCCGCAUUGAUGCACACGGUCCUGCCGAAAAGCUCUUGGCCCUUGCAAUAUCGCAUUCACAUCAUAUCGGACUCCAACGAUACCAAGUGGUGGAGAAAUUGGGCACUUUUGAAAGUGAAAUGGCUCGGCGUUUUUGGUGGUGCAUCUACCUCAUGGAUAGACGACUAGCUAUUGAAACAGGUCGCCCAUUCCUAAUACAGGAUGUGAAUAUUGACAUUGGCCUUCCGCGGACUGUGAGUGAUGAGUGGCUCAGCAGAUAUCGUGAAACUUCUCACCUGAUACGUGCCGACGAUACCGCCAGUGAAAGGUCACAUACAACGAUGCCAUAUUUGAUUGCUAUGGCCAGCUAUUCGAGAGUAAUUGGCAAAGUAUGGGAAGCUUUGUAUGGUGCCUCUACCGCCCACUCCUCGCCAAGUUCAUUUCUCAAUGAAUACCUGGAGCUUCUGAUCACGCAGUCUCAAAAAGACCUUCAACCGGAGUUUUCAUAUGACCCCCGUCGGCCAGGAAGCUACAGGGCAAGCGGAUUGGCUUGGUGGCAAAUCAAACAGCAACUGAUCAUGCGAAUUCGAUGGGCAUCUCUUUACCUCCUAAUUAGAAAGCCGAUGCUACAGCGAGCCGGCUCUUUGCAUUCACCAGAGGCCACGGAAAACGAAGUCAUCUGCAUGCGUCUGGUCCAGGGAAUUAGUGAUGAUUUCAAAAAUGUGCCUGAAGACCACCAUCCAAAGUACACAUUCCCAUUUUUGCACUAUCUCACUAGUGCAACUAUAAUCGCCCUUGGUCUCAUAAUGAAGCAGCAUUCAUUCAGACAUACUUACGGGAAAAUGACUUUGGAAACUGCACGGUCGCUGAAGAAACACUGUCAUAGAACCUGGGUGUCAGGCAAAAUGGCUCGAGCAGUCUGGAAGCUGAACCAAAUGGCCGAGGCCACUCUGAGCCCAAAAUUCUGCUCGCCUGAAGACCAAAAUAGCAAUCAGAAAACGUCCUCAUUGCAAGCCUCUUCUCAAUCUCAUCGAAGUCUAGGCAUGGAUGAACAUCUUCAGGAUCACCCUAUACCAUCAGAACAGACGCUGUUGAAAACAGUACCGAGAGCAGAUAUGACAAUAUCUACUUCUCAUCGGAGGAACUCUCGAUUUGAAAGCGACUGCCAAUUAUUGCCUGGCCAACCACAAUGUUCAAAUCAUGCUGAUUGGCAUUCUAAAAUCACAAAAUCGCCGGACCUGGAAAAAGAUGAGAUGAUGACCAACGACUUUGAUUUUGAACAAGGCCAAAAAGUUUUACAUCUUUCCAGCGGUGGUCAGCGGAAAAUAUCUCUAAAUGAGACCAAUACACUACGUGGAACUCAAAAAGGCGAGAUGAACCCAGUUCACUCGGAGAAUCUUGACCUCAAUUUUCAGGAGAAGGAACCAAACACAAUGUCAGGAUCAUAUGCGCAAGGACUCGGGCCCUUCGCACCGGAUCCAAAUGCCUGGCUACCUGGAGAAACAAUAGAUGGUGGAAUGGAGUGGCUACAGACAUUAUUCGCAAAUGAUCUGGAUACACACCUUCCGUUUGAUUGGGCAUAG